AUGACCGCGAAGAACCUCCUCCUCACGGCUGCCGCCCUCGGCACGGCCAUGGCCUCGCCUCUCAAGUGCAAGAGCGGCGCCUACGAGGGCAACCCCUUCGAGGGCAUCCAGCUCUUCCCCGACCCUUACUACGUCGAUGAGAUUGUCAACCUUGCCAUUCCCGCCAUGAAUGACACCGAGCUCAUCCGCAAGGCCGAGGUCCUCACCGAGGUUUCUACCUUUCAAUGGCUCGACAUCAUCGACAAGAUUGAGCUCAUGAACACCACCCUGCACGAGAUCCGCGAGGCCAACAACGCCGGUGCCGACCCUCCUUACGCCGCCACCCUCGUCAUCUACAACUUCCCCGACCGUGACUGCUCUGCCGAGGCCUCGGCCGGUGAGCUCCACAUCGACCAGGACGGUGUCAACCGCUACAAGAACGAGUACAUUGAGCCCAUCCGCGAGCUCGUCGAGGAGUUUUCCGACGUUCGGAUCAUCUUUGCCUAUGAGCCCGAUGGUCUUGCCAACCUCAUCACCAACAUGGGCGUCCCCAAGUGUGCCGACGCCGCCCCUGUCUAUCGCGAGGUGACCGAGUACGCCCUCUCCACCCUCGACUACCCCAACGUGGCCAUCUACAUCGACGCCGGCCACGCCGGCUGGCUCGGCUGGGAGGGCAACCUGGCCCCCACCGCGGCCGAGUACGCCCAGGUGUACCGCAACGCCGGCAGCCCCCGCGCCGUCCGCGGCCUGGUCACCAACGUGUCCAACUACAACGGCUACAACCUGACCGAGCCCCCCGCCUUCACCGACCCCAACGUCAACUGGGACGAGUCCAAGUUCCACGCCGCCAUCGCCCCGCACCUCGAGGCCGAGGGCUUCCCCGCCCAUUUUAUUGUCGACCUCGGCCGCGCCGGCCAGCAGCCCGGCGGCCGCGACGAGUGGGGCCACUGGUGCAACAUCAGGGACUCCGGCUUCGGCCCCCGCCCCGACAUCGACACCGGCAUCGACCUCCUCGACGCCGUCGUCUGGGUCAAGCCCGGCGGCGAGAGCGACGGCACCAGCGACCGCAGCGCCCAGCGCUUCGACGAGGUGUGCCAGAGCUCUUCGGCUUUUGUCCCCGCCCCCGAGGCCGGUCACUGGUUCCAGGAGUACUUUGUCAUGCUCCUCGAGAACGCCAGCCCUCCUCUGUAA